UAACGACACCGGGCAGCGGAGUGUGCAUAUCAUUUCCAGAUCAUUCCAACUUUUCGUUUCCAGUCGUAUAAGCCACCGUUUUACACACCGGAAAUACACAUUUCCGGCGAAGAAAAAGGAUGGUGCCGAUGGCGAUGGGAAUGGGAAUGGAGGCGGUGUGGGGGACGCUGGGCUCGACGGUGGUGACCCUCAUGCUGGUCUGGGCGACUUUCUCCCAGUACUGCCCCUAUGAAGUCCGUACUUUCCUGAAGACCCACACCAAGAGAUUCAGAAGGCUGUUCUACCCCUACAUCCACAUCUCCUUCCACGAAUUAUCCGGCGACGAUUUCAGGGGAGGCACCUCCGGCAACAUGUACAAGGCCAUCGAGCGCUACCUCGCCGCCAAUUCCUCCCACCAGGCUAAGCGUCUCAAGGCGGAGGACAUCAAGGACUCCCAGGCUCUGGUUCUCAGCAUGGACUAUUUCGAGGAGGUCACCGACGAGUUUCAGGGGAUCAAACUCUGGUGGGUCUCCGAGAUGAACCUCCCCACCAGCCAAACCAUCUCCUUCCGCGGCGGAGAUGAGGUCAAAAAGUUCUUCACCCUCAAGUUCCACAAGAAGCACCGCCACAUCGUCACCGGAGCUUACCUGAAACACGUACUGGAGCAGGGGAAGGAGAUCACGGUGAAGGACCGGCAGAGGAAGCUGUACACCAACAUCAGGAACGACGGAACAUAUUUCAGCCCUUACCGGAGGAUGUGGACCCAAGUCGCCUUCGAACAUCCGGCGACCUUUGAGACCAUCGGAAUGGACCCGAAGAAGAAGCAAGAAAUCAUAGACGAUCUUAUCACCUUCAGCAAAUCAAAACAGUAUUAUGCCAAAGUCGGGAAGGCGUGGAAGCGCGGGUAUCUCCUCUACGGCCCUCCGGGCACCGGAAAGUCCUCUAUGGUGGCGGCCAUGGCUAAUUUUCUGGAAUACGAUGUGUAUGACCUGGAAUUGACCGCCGUGAAGGACAACACGACCCUGAGAAAGCUCCUGAUCGACACUUCCAGCAAGUCCAUCAUCGUCAUCGAGGACAUUGACUGCUCUCUGGAACUCACCGGCCAGAGGAGAGGUAAACCAGAGGAAACAGAGGUAGAAGACCCGCUGAAGAUCGGGAAAGAGAAGAAACCUGAAGAGAAGAAGAGCGAAGUGACCCUCUCUGGUCUUCUGAACUUCAUCGACGGCCUCUGGUCCGCCAUUGGAGGAGAGAGGAUCAUCGUCUUCACCACCAAUUUCAGGGAAAAGCUCGACCCGGCUUUGAUCCGGAGAGGGAGAAUGGACAAGCAUAUUGAGCUCUCCUAUUGUGGAUUCGAAGCCUUUAAAGUGCUCGCUAAAAACUACUUGGAUGUUGAAACGCAUGAGCUUUUCCCGACGAUCGAACGGUUGCUGACGGAAACGGAAAUUACGCCGGCGGAUGUUGCGGAGAGCUUGAUGCCGAAAUCGGGCGAGGGGGACGAGACUACUUGUCUGGAAGCACUGGUUGAGGCUCUGGAGAAGGCUAAGGAAGACGCCAGAGUGGAAGCGGAGGAAGAAGAAAGGAAGAAGGUGGAGGAGGAGAAAGCGAAGGAAGAUGCCAAAUUGAAAGGAGAGGAAGAAGAGAAAAUGAAGGCUGAGAAGGAGAAAGCUUAAGAACCUGCAAAAUUGAAAUAUGAUGAUGGAUUCGAGCGAAUCAGGCCUUGGAAAAUUGAGGCGUGAGUGCGGCUAAAUCUUUUGGAAACGAAUCCAAGGUUCAAGAUAUGAUAAUCAUGUCUUCUAUGGAAGUUCUAAAGCAGCGUUGUCUCAUUUCUGCAAUUGAGGAGGAGAUCGAAGGGUUAAUUUUUGGCGAAUCAACAUGGGUAGAGGGUGAAUGGUUGAGCAAGGGAGAAGACAGAUUGACGCCCCCUGAACCGCCUCCUUGGAGCGAUCGAGAUGUUAGAAUAUGGAAAGAUUUAUCAGUUAUUUAAUUUUUUAUUGUUUUAUUUUCGCAUUUUUAUGUUGCUCCGUUUUUUGUUGAUGUCUUUAGUUUUAGGUUUACAAUUAUGAUUAACAAUUUUGCUAGAUAUUAUGUUGUUGGAAGAAUCUAUAUGACCAGUAAUUGUUGUGUCUAAUCAUAAGGUUGAUAGUGCUAGUUGGUUAGGGAUAGUUGUUGUCAGGACGAUCUUUUUGUGUUUGUUUUAGCGAUUCAUUUUAAUGAUUUUAGUAUAAAGCGCUUUGUUUUUUAUGAUUAAAAAAACUUUGAAUGCGCUGUUUUUAUUUCUUGCGUCC